AAAUGGGGCAUUUUUUGUUUAUCUUUCUAAUUCUGUCGAUGGCGAGUGUGAACUUUGGAAGUGUUAAAGUGAACUAUAUAUACGAGUGGAAGUACGUUGACUAUGACUGGGAAAAUCAAAAGCAGAUGGAAGAUGCGAAAAAAUCUGGCAUUUAUGAUCCUUACAAGUGCAUAAUGUAUGAUGCAUCAAGAGCAGACGAUGGUAGAGUAUUUGUUACUGUACCGAGAGACUUUGGCCUUUAUUCACCUGCUACUUUGGCAACAGUAACCAAUAAAACAGGACCAGGAGGUCCAAUUCUACGUCCGUAUCCAGACUGGAGUUGGCAUAAUAGUACAUGUACGUGCAAUGGUAUUACAAAUGUUUACCGAGUGCAUGCUAAAUGCAAUCACAUCUUCGUUCUGGAUAACGGCAAAAUUGGUCCAAAUCAAACUUGUAAUCCAAAACUAUUGAUCUUCGAUUCAAAAGAUAAGUUAGUUGAAACUAUUUACAUUCCACUUAGUAUCGCUACUAACCAAACGGGCUUUGGAUCAUUAGUAAUGCCUUAUGUUUAUGUUGAAAAUGAAAACUGCACGCAGUUUCUGGAUAAAAUGAUUAUAAUUAUGGCUGACAUGCAAGGUAACGGUUUAGUGGUGUAUGACUCAUCUACAAAGCGUAUGUUCAGAGUCGAAUCUGAUAACAUGAAACCGAUUGACCCUUCCCUCACCAUAGCAAACGUAACUUUUAUUUAUGAGGGCGGUCCCUUCAGUGCGACAGUCCUUAAUGGUGGCAAGUAUCGUUUUUUAAUGUAACAAAUAUUAUUUUAA